CAAGGAGGCUAUCCCAUUGGCUCUCGCAGUCGGGACUCCGCCGGCUUCUCUCUUCAGGGCACCGACCCACUUCUCUUCCUGUAAGUGAGCUUUCCCUUCCUUCCGGUGCCUGGAGCUGCUACCUCAGGGAUCCAGACGGAGCCAGGCGGGCGCCAUGACAACUCUGGAUGACAAGUUGCUGGGGGAGAAAUUGCAGUACUACUACAGCAGCAGUGAGGACGAGGACAGUGACCAUGAGGACAAGGACGGGGGCAGGGGUGCCCCAGCCAGCAGUUCCAUGACAGCAGAGGCCGAGCCGGCAGGGGAAGGCAUCUCCGUUAACACAGGUCCUAAAGGCGUGAUCAACGACUGGCGCCGCUUCAAGCAGCUGGAGACCGAGCAAAGGGAGGAGCAGUGCCGGGAGAUGGAGCGGCUGAUCAAGAAGCUGUCCAUGACCUGCAGGUCCCAUCUGGACGAAGAGGAGGAGCGACAGAGAGAGAAGGACCUCCAGGAGAAGAUGAGCAGCAAGAUGACCCUGAAGGAGUUCGCGGUGAUGAACGAGGACCAGGACGACGAAGCAUUUCUGCAGCAGUACCGGAAGCAGAGGAUGGAGGAGAUGCGGCGGCAGCUGCACCGGGGGCCCCAGUUCAAGCAGGUUUUUGAGAUCCCCAGCGGAGAAGGGUUUUUAGACAUGAUCGACAAAGAGCAGAAAAGCACCCUCAUCAUGGUGCACAUUUACGAGGACGGCGUCCCCGGGACGGAGGCCAUGCACGGCUGCAUGAUCUGCCUGGCCGGGGAGUACCCGGCCGUGAAGUUCUGCCGGGUGCGGAGCUCGGUCAUCGGGGCCAGCAGUCGGUUCACCAGGAACGCGCUCCCAGCCCUGCUCAUCUACAAGGGAGGCGAGCUGAUCGGCAACUUCGUUCGUGUCACCGACCAGCUGGGGGAAGACUUCUUCGCCGUGGACCUGGAGGCUUUUCUGCAGGAGUUUGGGUUACUCCCGGAGAAGGAAGUGCUGCUGCUGACGGCUGUGCGUGACUCUGCCACCUGCCACAGCGAGGACAGUGACCUGGAAAUAGAUUGAGCUGGCGGUCGGCGUGCGUGGACUGCUCGCUGCCAGGGCCGGAAGGCAGGCGUCUCGUCUGGUUUUGUUCCUUUGUGUGUCUGCGGGUUCCUCGGCUUUGUCGUCCCUCUUCUUGUGUGCAAAGCCUAAAAAUUCUCAGAUUCAGCCGGAGUGCUGGAUCACCUCGUAGUUAGCAAUAAAGUGGCUGCAGACUGUAUAAACAGGAAGCCGGGCUUCUGAGCUGUUUACUUAAGAUUCUCCAGACUGUUUGCAGUCUGAAGCCCGCGUCCUGCCCUGCCGCUCCCUAGGUAGCGUGUUGCUUGCAACGUAAAUAGUGCAUUUCCUUGGUCCAGUGGUGGUACACUGUAUCUACUUGUAGUCAGAUCCACCGCCCUUCAGAAGGCAGUUGGAUUUUUCCCCUUGACCUUCUCCACCAGGGUCUUGUUUGAGUUUCCAGACAGCGCAUUUUCGCCCCAUCACGAGGUCCUGCUCCGGAGAAAGGACCCCUGCUGACCGCUCAGACACUCAGGCUGGGGUGGAAUUGGAACGUCUCUCUCUCUCUCUUUAUAUUUAGCAAGAUAACUUUAUGUUUAAUGUAGGCUUCUUAAAAACUUUUUUGUUGUUUUGUGCUUGUCGGAAAAAUAAGGUAUUUUCUAUGUAUAUACAGACAUUCUGUGUUUGCUUUGUUUUUAAACAAAACACCGGGAUCAUUCUAAACAUACUGUUUUAUAGUGUGGUCAGGCUGUGUUUCGUGUCAGUAAAUUUAGUCUCCUGCAGCAUUUUUUAAAUUGCUAUUGCUGUUCCAUUGUAUAGAGGUGCUGUCAUUGGUUUGGUGGUUGUCUCUUAAAAAGAGAGUCAGCAGAUGCUUAUUUUUAUUACCAAAGUAAUAGAUAUUAACUGGGGGAAAGGUAUAAAAAUUAAGCUAAAAAGAGAUUUAAAGAGCCAUACAAUAUCACCAACCAAAAUAAAUCCCUGUUACAAUUUC